GGGUUAAUCUAAAUCUAAACUCUCAAGUCUCAGCACCAACCAAACAAAAAGAUAGGAUUACAGAGAAACUCAAACUCAAGUGUUUGUGUUGUGUAGUUGAAAAUCAAUCAACAAAACAAAUAAAACAAUGGCAUCCUUAUCCCUCUCAUCUCCUCCAUCUCUCUCCUCUUCCUUCCACAAUGCCUCCACGCGCCUUAACCUACGCACACCUCCCUCCCUUAAACUACGCACCCGUUCCUCUUCUCUCUCCAUCAAAGCCAUAACCCUAACCCAAGACGAUCUCAAAAAACUCGCCGCCGACAAAGCCGUCGAGUACGUCAAAAGCGGCAUGGUCCUCGGCCUCGGCACCGGCUCCACCGCCGCCUUCGUCGUCUCCAAACUCGGGGAGCUUCUCAAAUCAGGCGAACUCACCAACAUCAUCGGCGUUCCAACCUCCAAACGCACAGAAGAACAGGCACGAUCUCUUAAUAUUCCUUUAUCAAUCCUCGACGAUAAUCCUCGCCUCGAUCUCGCUAUCGACGGCGCGGACGAAGUCGAUCCGUUUCUUAAUCUCGUCAAAGGCCGCGGCGGAGCUCUCCUCCGUGAGAAAAUGGUGGAGGCCGCAUCGGAGAAGUUCGUUGUCGUCGUGGACGACACGAAGCUGGUCUCCGGUUUAGGUGGAAGCGGUUUGGCUAUGCCGGUGGAGGUGGUUCAGUUUUGUUGGAAAUAUAAUUUGGUUAGGCUUCAGGAGUUGUUCAAAGAGGAAGGUGUUGAUGCGAAACUGAGAGUGGAUGAAAGUGGGAAACCCUAUGUUACUGAUAAUUCUAAUUAUAUUGUUGAUUUGUAUUUUAAGACUCCGAUUAGGGAUGCGAAUGCCGCCGGGACGGAGAUAUCGGCGCUUGAAGGUGUGGUGGAGCAUGGGUUGUUCUUGAAUAUGGCUACCUCUGUUAUCAUUGCUGGGAAAACUGGGGUUGAAGUUAAAGACAAGUGAUUUUGAGUUGUUGGUUGUAUCUGGAUUCGGUAAAUUAUGUUUUGAGUUUUAUUUUGGUUUUUUAACGUGUCUGUGUACUGUUACAACUUUAUAUCUUCGUGAAAGAAAUAAUGGAAAAAAGAAAAAUUGAAUUAGAGAGAA